UUCCAGUAAAUUCUUGUUAGUUCUGAAUUGAGUUAGCGCUGGACGUGUUCUGAGAGAAUUCUGGCGCAUUGACAACAAGGUAAACAAGUUAUUUGCGACUUGUAUUGUGAACCCGCAAGGCGAACCUUAUCGUAGGUCUAUCCAAUAGUUGGAUGGCAUUAACAGUUGUCGGCGCGAUUUUUAGAUUUGAAAAUUGGAACAGCUUUGACAAACAAGAAUUUGAAAGGAUUUUUGAUCGAGUCAUCUCCGACAAAAGCCGUUUGAACCCGUUCAUUUACGUAUCUUAGUGUUGCGACUUUUACGUGCGGUGUUGCCGUCAAACAUUCCAUCAGGCAGAUGGGUGGUUCUCAAUACGAACUGAAGUCUGUGGGUCUAUGCCCAGGUUCGAAUCUAGACCAGUAAUGUGUCUCUAUGAGUAGCAGGCAAAUACGUCACUUAUUAGCCUAUUACGGGAAAUCAUUUACACGUCUGGAGAGUGAUAGUCCAUUUAGGGUGAAUGUGGCCUUCAGCUCUGUCGGCCAUCUGUGUAUGGCGCCCUUGUCGCCAGCAUACGUGAGGUCAACUUGGCUUCCGGCCCCUUUAUCGCUUCCUAGUUACUAAACAUUAUGCUAUUGUGGAGAGGGGUACUUCGAGAGGCCGAAGUAUUCGUAACUCCCUUCGCUAGCUGUGCUGUGCUAAGGAUCGGUCUGUCCUACGAAUUAUGAAAAACCAUACCGAGUUAAGGUAUCACGCUUGACUGUUCUGAUUAGUUACGUCGUUUUCUACAACGAUUACCGCCAAACAUAUGCACGCGCUACUGCCGCAACAGAUAGAGAUAUUUUGUAGAGUUCGGGUUCACUGACACUCUCAUUUUUUUCCCAGAUGAGAGCCCGCCGUCUUCAGAUUGUUCGCGUUAUACUUCGCUACUUUAAAUAGAAACGGUGGAACUUCAUAUAUCUUUAAAUAUAGUAGAGUAUAUGUAUAUAUAGAUGUCUGUCACCACGCAAACUGCAAUGCAGCCGAAGCCGGCUCAUCUCCCGGUCCAGACCGUCCCGACUGUGAAGAAUAGGCGUUAUAUAGCCAUCGAUAGUAAUUAUAGACGCUCUACGACGUCUUUCAAUAAAAAGCAAAUAGUAGUGGAUGUCCCUAUACCACAUAAGUCUGCACAACAAGUAAAUAUAACGAACACUCUCGGAGGAGUGCCCGCUGUUAGGAUAACACGUAUUGUGCAAAAUACUCAGACAUGUCCUCCGAAAGUGGUCCCAAUAGACGAAGCCCUGAAAGCGAUGGAAGCGGAAAGCGCUCCAGUAACAGCAGGAGCGAUGACCACACCGCCACAUCAACGAAACUUUGUCAUUCUGCAAUUUAAGCCAAAUAAACAAAGUCCUCAAAUAGUGGAUAGCGGCGAAAAUGUGACAGAGAAUUACGGGGGACCUGUUCGAAAAUCCUUAAAGCACGUCAGAUUUGCUCCGGUUGUAGCUAAGCAAGUGAAGCCAGUGUUGUUGCCACAAGAAGUUCAUUACGAACAUGCAGAGAAGCAGUCAAAGUUGUCAUCGUUUACUAAGGUCUCUCAAAGUUUCUCACUAGGACCACAGGCUCCAACACAUGUGGCCAGUGCUCUCAAAACGAUUAAUGGUCCAGUUGCAACUAGGCCACUGGCUGUGAGCUGUCAAAAGUCAUCUGUAACAGCUGGGCCCUCAUCAGUCCCUCGAGUGCCGCGAGAAAUGGCCAACGCACUUCAGCGAACGUUUGCACCUGACUAUGGACGACCUAAAGCUUGUCCUGUAAGCGACCUUGAUCCAUCGUACGUGGCUCUUCAGCUCGCCCGGUUCAUAGACGAAUCAGAAUACGCCAGCUUGUAAUGGGUUCUCAGUGUUCUGUGGAUAAACCAUUAGCUCUCUCUCUCUCUCCCACUGCCCUGUACUUCUACGAUCCAGCCAUCGUUUUCCGCUGGCUUGGUGAAGCGGGUCAUGCUGGCAAAAAGCUGAAAGUAAGAAAAACUUUUUGCCAGAAAACAAAAGAUAGCAUCAAUCCAUGAAGGCGAUUGCUUCUAAUCAACAGCAUGGAUGAUGCCGGAAAAUUUCAAAGCAACAAGUACUCUCGUACAGAGAACACGACACACAACACAAGUCAACUCAUCUGAUACAUAACAAAAUAGAAACUUUUUUACACAACCAAAUAUUUUCGAUCCUUAGGUAAAAUUCUACCUUGACAUUGGCACCGUAUUACAAUGUGUACUGUUAAUAAUAAAUAAAUAUAAAACAAUAAAACAUACAACUUGCUCUACUUUGCAAGAGUAAGAAUACUGCAAAUCUUUGAUAGAAUUGCAGCAAGUUUUGCGUGUAAAACAAUUAAUUGUUUGUAAAAAUGCUCUAAGUGAUAGCAUCAGUAUGUUAACGAAGCUUUAUAACAACUUACUUUUGCCAUUAAGACAUCCCAAAAUUAUUUUUUUGUUAUGAUUUUGCGCACGAAUGCUUAUCUGUAUAGAGGCUAACUGUAGAUACAUAUAAGCAUAUUUUAAGCAUCCGGUUGGCUAUAUAGUAAACACUAAUGAUAGAUUCAGUUAUGCUAAGAAACAAGCUCAAUUUUUCCUUGAUUUGAAAAAACGGUACAUAAUAAAUGUAAAUGAGUGAAAAUGGGCGUAAGUAAAAAAAAAAAGUGAAAUCAAGACCCUCAAACUGCGAAGCGGAGCUUUUCAAACUGUUACGAAACUUCCGCCUUACACUGUAUAUAGUACGCUGAUAUUGUAAUUCAUUUCUUGUAUUAAUGUAGGCAAAUCUUUCACUUGUCUAGAAGGAUUUUACCUCAAAACGUGUAGGUUCAAGUUUUGAUCCUAGCACACAUCGUUUAGUUGUAAUUAAUUUGUUUAAUGAAAAUAAUUACAGGUUGUGUAUCGUACUUGAAGCAAUAAAUGACACUACCACUGCAAAAAUGUAGAAGUCAAGCUAGGAUUUUAAUGAAAGUAGGCUUAUGUUACACUGAAAAAAUUCGAAGUAUAUUUUGAUAGCAUACAAACAAUAUAAGGUGAUAUUUAUGCAUUCAAACGAACCGGAUGAGAGCUGCAUAUUUUCUCAAUUACGUUUCAGUCAAAUAUUUUUAUUAUAUAAAUAUCAGCCCCGAGCUUGGGUUGACACCCAUUACCAAAGCGACUGAACUGGUUUACUUAGAUCUAUUCUAUUAGGUGUUAAAAAGGAGCGAGGCCUGUUCCUUCAAUAAUCUGCUUUUUAUUACACUAAAGAAAAUACCAGGACCAAAUCAUUAACACUUGCUACUUGACAUGAGAAGGUGACUGGCGAAUCUGUAUAGGGUAGCAGCGCAGGAUAUUUUGCGGCCCAAUUCUAUAGGAUUUGUGUUCGGUUAGCCCACCGUCAGAGUCAAGUUGACGGCCUGUAAUAGUGAUUAUUACUAGAAUAAACAACUGUGAUACUGAUAAAAUGCC